UUCUGCGCGCGCGGCGGGGAUGGAACGUUGAUAGAGUUCGCGGGUCUAGCUGCUGGGGGCAGGAGCCGCACGCAGUGCGCCGCCGCGCGCCAAAGCGGGAAUCCGGGAGGCGGGCACCUCUGCAAUUAAUGCACGCAUUUAAAACUCCCGAACCUGCGGACGCCAUGCACAGGAAACACCUCCAGGAGAUUCCCGACCAGAGUAGCAACGUUACCACCAGCUUCACGUGGGGAUGGGAUUCUAGCAAGACUUCUGAACUGCUUUCAGGCAUGGGGGUCUCCGCCCUGGAGAAGGAGGAGGUGGACAGUGAGAACAUCCCCCAGGAACUGCUUUCAAACCUGGGCCACCCGCAGAGCCCCCCACGAAAACGGCUGAAGAGCAAAGGGAAUGACAAGGACUUUGUGAUUGUCCGCAGACCUAAGCUAAAUCGAGAGAACUUUCCAGGUGUUUCAUGGGACUCCCUUCCAGACGAGCUGCUCUUAGGAAUCUUCUCCUGUCUGUGCCUCCCUGAACUUCUGAAAGUCUCCAGUGUUUGUAAGAGAUGGUAUCAUCUAGCGUUUGAUGAGUCUCUCUGGCAGACCUUAGACCUCACGGGCAGAAACCUCCACCCAGAUGUGGUUGGUCGGCUGCUGUCUCGAGGGGUGGUUGCCUUCCGCUGCCCACGAUCGUUUAUGGACCAACCGUUUGUUGAACGUUUCAGCCCUUUUCGUGUACAGCACAUGGACCUGUCGAACUCGGUGAUCGAUGUGUCUACCCUCCAUGGCCUUCUGUCUCAUUGCUCCAAGUUGCAGAAUCUCAGCCUAGAAGGCCUGUGGCUUUCGGAUCCCAUUGUCAAUAAUCUUGCUCAGAACACAAAUUUAGUGCGAUUAAACCUUUCUGGGUGUUCUGGAUUCUCUGAAUCUGCCCUGAAGACUUUGCUGAGCAGCUGUUGCAGAUUGGAUGAACUGAACCUCUCCUGGUGCUAUGAAUUCACUGAAAAGCAUGUGCAGGUGGCUGUCGCACACGUGUCAGAGACUGUCACCCAGCUGAAUCUUAGCGGGUACCGAAAGAAUCUGCAGAGAUCGGAUGUCUCUACCUUAGUUGGAAGAUGUCCCAGUCUUGUCCACCUAGACUUAAGCGAUAGUGUCAUGCUGAAAAGUGACUGCUUUCCGGAAUUUUUCCAGCUCAACUACCUCCAACACCUAUCACUCAGUCGGUGCUAUGACAUAAUACCUGAAACUUUACUUGAACUUGGAGAAAUUCCCACACUAAAAACACUACAAGUCUUUGGAAUCGUGCCAGACAGUACCCUUCAACUAUUAAAGGAAGCCCUUCCUCAUCUACAAAUUAAUUGUUCCCCUUUCACCACCAUCGCCAGGCCAACCACUGGCAACAAAAAGAACCAGGAGAUAUGGGGCAUCAGAUGCCGACUGACACUGCAGAAGCCCAGUUGUCUAUGAAGUAUCUAUUGCAGGAUGGUGUCUCCUCUUUUCUUUGAACAGGGAAAGUAGGCAGGAAGCCCAAUUGUGGAGAGCUCAGCUAUUUUUAUUCUUGGUUUUCUCUUGCCUUCAUUCUACAAGUAUAUUAGAGAACCAUUGGAGAGAGAAAACUAUGAAGUGUUGCUUUUGAAAAAUGACUAUGAAAGCUUUUAUCACUGCUAUAUCCUUAAGAGCCUAAGCUGUAUGCCUUUUGAAAUUUUAGGAGAGUGAGCCUAUAAUUUCAAGAUACCCUAAAGAGCAAAAUUUGAGCCACCUCUUCCAAGUGCCCUUCUUAAUAAAUCUAUUUAGAAUCAAGCUUAAAAAUCACCACCAGCAAAUCAUUUUCAUAGCAUAUAUGGCAACUGAACUUUCUUCUAUUUAAUUUUUCAGUACUGCUUUAUAGGACGUAGGUUGCAAAAAAUAAUAAGCUAUUUGUAGUGUAAGCUGAACAGAAUGAGAAUCAUAGAUUUGUGGCAGUCUGCUGAGGAUAGAAAGAAAAAUACACAUUUCAACUUUGCCUUUAGAUUUGCAAUUAGGUAUGUGGAAACAAAUAGCCCCGGGUCAUUCACCUUAAAACCUAAAUAAAAAAACAACCGGCCAACCAGAAGUAUAGAAUUGGUUAGAAUUUACAGGCUCGAGAGGCAAUUUUCUAUGACAGGUUAACCUGGGGGAUCCUCUAAUGCACAUUAAUGAAGUCUCCUUUAUGUACUGUGUUCCCAGCAUUCUAAAUUAGCUGAGGAAAUUUAAUUGUGGACUUCGGACUUUAUGAUCAAAUUAUGUUAACAUAGGUUCUUUAGCUUUAAAGUGACUUGCUUUGUUUUAGAAAGGUGGUAGGAACCAGUCAGUCUCUAAUUCUUAAAAUGGAUGGAAUGCUGAACUGAGGUUACCUGUUGUUUUCCUUUAUCACUGAGGUUCUUGAAGUUAUUUUUAUAUUACUCUGGAAUCAAGUAUUUUAAAUUAUCCUUUUUUUGUUUUAAAUGGCCUCCCACAAUGAUUGAAACAACCCAUUUUAUAAGGUUACUGGACCUAGCGUUCCCUAAGAAGAACCACAUGUUCCUUUCAAUCAGAAAUACACAGUAGAAGCACGUGUAUGUUCCACGCAGUUUCAGAGCAGUUAGCACAGCUGGCACCUGCAUAAAAGUUAAGGCUCAGGUGCUGAACCUUUUGAUGGCAUCAGUGAUUUUUUUUUUUUAAUGAUACAUGGAAGCAAAAGGAUUAAAUUCUACUUUAAAAAACACAAAACACUAAUUUCUUAUUUAAAUUGAUGACCUCCCCAUAUGUUCAAAAUGGAACAAAAAGCCCAAACUCAUCAUUUCUAUUAAAAUUGCUUUUUCUAAAUCAGAUUUUUCAAAUGUUAGAAACAAUGGUAUGAAGUGCCCUUAUCUGCUCAGACCUAAGGAAGAACAUUUUAAAGUAGUGUUAUACAGGAAAUGAUUAGGUUUCAAUUCCAUAGUAGUUAAAAAGUGCUAAAUACUACUUGAAAUUAUUGUUUACAGAUUAGUGACAAGGGCUGGAGGUAGGAUCCGGUUGGCCUCUGACUUCCGGAUGCCCUUAAACAUACAGUACUUCCAAACUCAAGUCCAGCCGUAAGCUACUUUGCUAACAUGUCAGAGUAAUCUGUAUUUUUGUAUGGGAUUUCUACUUUUAUAGACUUGUUUUAAAAUAAAACACAUUUUUAUAAAAAUGAA